UAAGAGAGAAAGGGAAACGCGAAACAUUUUUAGACAAUAACAGACUUGUUUAUUCCUCCAGCAGCCCGUGGAAAAUCCCAUCCGCGGCGUCCAACUGCCCACGGCGGCGUGAGAGUAGUGAAAAAGGCACGAGCGAUCCGGUGAGUGCGCGAUUAUGAGCAGUCCGCAGUCGCCGCAGCACCAGCCCGGCCGGGAGGCGCCAGGCAUGGGCCCCAUCGACGAGGCGGACGCCGCGGAGAUGCCCGCGGCGGGGGUGACGGCGCAGCAGAAGCAGCAGCAGUUUCAAAUGGAAACGGCCGAGCGACCGCCCAGUUUCCGGCACUCGCGCGCCUUCAGGAACUUCAAGAAUCCUCCGCAGCCCAGGAUGUGCAUCCGGGACACCACCGUGGACGGCGAGGAGCUGUUCAUCAACGUGAUGAGCUGGUCCAGGAUCGUGAUGCCGUCGAAUCCCAACGAUCCGAUUCCACUCUACGGCGGAAUGAGGGUCUACUCAGGGAAUCCUCGCUCGCCGCCGCUCGUCUUCGCCGUGAUGGCCAAUCCGGACGUGCUGAAGGAGACGGGGCGCAACAUCAGCGCCGACGAUCAGGCGCGACAGGCGCUGGUGGAGCUCAUGUGCGAGUUCGUGGAGGCGAUGAAUCCGGGGCUGAAGCUGAUGCGAAAGCCGGUGGUGCUGAAGGAUCGCGACCUGUCGGGCGAGCUGAAGGACGUGUGGGGCGCCGUGCAGGCGAAGAGGGACAUCGAGCGCGAGGCGUCCUUCCACGAGCAGAUCGCCAGCGCGGGAACGAGUGAGUCGAACCUAGUCGUGUACACAGAACUGGGCCCCGAGACGGCGCCCACGUACAAGAGCAGCCAGGAGGAGGAGGAGGAGUGCUCGCCACCAAGUGCAAUUACCAAAGCAUCCGCCGAGGAGGAGGCGGUGGAUGCCGGCAAGGCGGAACUGAUCACGAGUGUGCACAACGAUUCACUGCCAGAGACACCGCAGAAUGCCUCAAUAGCCAAGGGGAAGCAGGAGAAGAAGCUGACGGGCUUCCUGCCCAACGGAUGUCACAAUUUCUUCAGCAAGAAGCGGGACAAGGCGGCCGCCAAGGAGCCCAAGGAGAAGUCCAAGAAUCGUGCCAGUAUUAAGAAGUCCGGGAAGGAGGCUGACGGCAAGAGCCUGGAGUCGGAGAUGGCGUCCCUGGACAUCAGUGGGCUCGGCCAGGAGCGCGACGGUGUAGUUAUUAAGGACGAUGCAUUCACGGACAUCGCGCAGUCCGUGAAGACAGCCACAACGGCCAAAUGAGACGCUCCUCGGCGUCCCCGUGACUCUUCACACUUCCUCUGCUCCUCAAUUGCUCCUCCAAUUUCUGAAAUUGUAGACACAAGACUCCGUUUAAUCUCUCAAGACGCUGUUAAGACAUAUUUCGAAUUCCUGCCGUGUGGAACAGUUCGACUUCCUUCAACCUGGCAAUAUUUCAUCUUCCAAAAAGACACUCCAAUUCCCUAUUUUCUAUUCUUUAUUUAUGUACGCCCAUGAUUCUUUCGAAUGUUACUAAUCUUAAGCCACUUGAGCACUGAAUCUUCUUGAAAAAAAAACGUUUUCGUAAUUUGCCAUCUGAGAAUGAGAUUGAAGAAACCCACGAGGUUUUGUUUAUGAGCCUGAAAUGCCACGAAAGAUUAUAUUGAUAGAGAAAAAAAAAGUGAAAUUUAUAUAUUUAAGACACAAUUUCUGCUGAAGAUUUCGCAUUGACGAUAAGAAGAAAACCAUAGAUUUUUGUAAGCGAGUAAAAUUGAUGAAGAAGAAGAUGAAAAAAAACUGCAGGGAAAAUGUAUUGAGAAAAUGUAAUAAUUCUCUAUUUUCACACAAACACACACGACGCAAAAUGUUCUCGAUGUCCUUCGACACUCGCAUUUUCCGCGUUUCUCUUGACGCAAGAAAGUUUUGCCAUAAUUUUUCCAGCAUUUCUUUCUCCAACUUUUAUCAACGGUGGAAAUUUUUUUUCCAAUCCAAUUAUAGAGUAUUUUAAUUGUAUUCACUCUGAUGAUUUUUUUUUCAUUAUUAUAAAGCGUGUGAACUUUUUACUUGUUCGAUGUUUUUUUUUAUUUAGACAUUAUUUGAAGACUAUGAAGCGAUGUUUGGAGCACCAGAGCGCGCUCUAGGCAAACAUUCUUAAUGUAUUCUGCAUUUUUAUAGAAAUUAAUAUACAUUUUUUAAAGUCAAGCAAUCUUUUCAAUUUGUCUCCACACUCUU